UAUAGACAGGGGCCUGGUCACGUUUGAUCUCGCUACAAGUACUAGUUCCUGUUUAUCCAAGGACAUCAGCACACGCAUGUUUUUUUUAAACAGCGCAUAAGAUUUGGCAUGGUUUAUUACAAAAUUUGGAAGUGAUCAUAAGGGACGACAGCAGCAGGGAAUCUCUCAUAAUGAGGCUCACCGUGGUUGCAUGCAAUUAUUUCAAGAAGUAUGUACAGCGAGAGAUUGCCAAAGCAUCAGGUGUGACAGUUAGAAAGCCUUUCCAAGGUUUUCGAGACAUUCGAAAAAAGAAAUGGUAUUAUGAUGAGAACCGGCCAUGGACAGCAGCAGCCAGAGAAACUAACAUGUCAAUCAAACGUCCUACACAUGUUGUAGUAGAGCCCAUAUCAAAAGGGAAUUGGAAACUAUUCAAAGGAGACAGGGUGGAGAUUCUGAUUGGUCCAGACAAGGGCAAGCAAGGACUCAUCAACUGCAUCAUCAAGGAGAGGAACUGGUGCUUUGUGGAGGGCCUCAACUGUUCGUACAGGUGGCUCAACAAGUCCGCAACCAGUCCAGGCACUCUCGUCAAGGAAGAGAAACCACUCCUGGUGACCACAGAAGUAGCACUUAUUGACCCUGCAGAUAAUAAAGCGACGGACACAGAGUGGCGGUACACGGAGGAGGGUGUCAGGGUACGGGUUUCCACACGGACAGGGAGAGUCAUUCCUUUGUCAAAGACAGCAGAGGACGAAUCCUACGACAUGGUGCAGAUUAGUUCAUAUGUUGAAACUGACAAGGACACUAGAGAUAAAGAACUGAAGAAAAUUACUUUCAAACCCAAAUUAUGCACAUUUGAACAAGACAUAAUGGAAAAGAUGGGUAUUAAAGAUGACAGGAAGCCAGCAAAGACAUAUUGGUAUUGAUGUGUUAGAUUUAAAUAAACAUAUUUACACUC